GAUUAACUUGUUUUAAACAAACGAGUCAUACUUCGAAUUAGAUCAGUACAUGUAUUUAAUAAUGCGAUGUUCUUAAAAAAGUAAACGUUAUUGAAGUAUGCGCAGAUAAGUAAAAGUAAUCGGGGAAACAUCAAGUUGCGCUUCGAAUAGUGGAACCAGCCUAACAAACAGUUAAUCUUUGACCUCUUAUCGCUAUGUUCAAGGCGGAAAAUGUGUGAUGGCCGUAUUUUACCACAUAUUUGCAAGGGAACACGGCUUCGUAAAAGUAUAAAAAUUACAAAAAAAAACUAAUACAGAAUGAACUCUUUAAUUCACGCAAAAACAAUGGCAAUUAGCCAGGGCAGAGCAAUUCGACAACAUUGUAGUUUCAAGUUGUGGUACAGUACCGCUCAAAUAAAUGGAAGCUUGGCUUUCAUUUACACCGGUAAAAGAGAUCCAAAAAGUACUAGAUUAUUUAUACGCUCGACGUUAGUGGAAAGCAAUAAUAGUAUUAAUUUACCAUAUUUACAACUGCGUACAUUGUAUAUAACGCCAUCAUGGAGGAGUCAGGAGUCAUCUUCCAAAGUGGAAGAUACAGUGAAGAAUAUCAAGGAGCAAAAGGAAUUAAAAGAGAAGGUGGAAGGAACUGUCGCGCACGGUCCUCAGAAAGCAUUGGCGGAAAAGCUCACCUUGUGGCAAAAAGUGAAAGGAGAAAUAUUACACUACUAUCAUGGAUUUAGGUUGCUGGGCCUUGAUAUGAAAAUUUCAGCGAAACUAGUUUGGAGAAUUUUGCAGGGCAAAGAACUUAGCAGAAGAGAACAUAGGCUGCUUAUAAAGACAACCGGCGAUGUAUUCAGGCUUAUUCCCUUCUCUGUUUUUAUCAUUGUGCCCUUUAUGGAAUUUUUACUACCUAUUGCUAUUAAGAUUUUCCCCGGCUUGCUACCAUCCACUUUUCAAACAGCAACAGAAAAGGAAGAUAAAUUAAAACAAGCAUUAAAGAUUAAAAUCGAAAUGGCCAAGUUUCUGCAAAAAACAUUGGACGACAUGGCGGUACAGUCGUCCGAUUAUAGAUCGAAAAAGGCUAAAGAGUUUGCCGAAUUUUUCUAUAAAGUUCGAACCUCUGGCACCGCAGCCACUAACGACGAGAUCAUGCAGUUUAGCAAACUUUUCGAGGAUGAAAUUACGUUAGACUCUCUUUCACGGCCACAAUUAGUCGCGUUGUGUAGAGUGUUGGAUGUACAGACGCUUGGAACCACGAACUUUUUACGAUUUCUACUUAGAAUGAGGCUUAGGAGUCUUGCCGCGGACGAUAAGCUAAUUGAAAAGGAAGGCAUAGAUUCGCUUACUAGAAGCGAAUUGCAACAAGCUUGCAGAGCACGCGCUAUGCGCGCAUACGGACUGCCAGAAAGUAAACUGAAAGAGCAAUUGUCUCAGUGGUUGGACUUAAGCCUGACUAAAAAAGUCCCGCCAUCUUUGUUACUUCUCUCUCGAGCACUUAUGGUCCCAGAAACGAUACCUAUGUCCGAUAAACUGAAAGCUACCAUCUCUGCUCUUCCUGACACGGUCGUUGCGCGUACUCAGGGCGCGAUAGGAGAGAAAGAAGGUAAAAUGGAUCACAAAACGAACAUUGAAAUCAUCAAAAUGGAAGAGCGUAAGAUAGAGGAGGAACGACAAGAGAAGAAAGAAAGCGAUCCUCAACCAUCGGUUUGCGUGCAAAGCUCCAAGGUGGACGAAAUAACGACUACGGAUGUGAAAGUACUAGAACAGGCUUUAGACUCGCUUGGAAAGGAUAAUAAAAUGAUGUCUGUGGAGAAGGAGGAAUUGAAAGAGCUCAAAGAAGAAAUGGCCGACUAUCAAGAGGAUCUUAAAGAGCUCUAUGAAAUCAAAGCGGCUGCGAAGGGUCAGGAGGACAUAGAAAGUAUCAAAGAGUCCAAGGGCGCUAAACGAUUGUUUAACAAAGUGAACAAGAUGAUCCACAAGAUGGAUACAGUUUUAGAACAACUUGAAUCCGAGAAGCAAGUGAAACAGAAAGAAGGGAACACCGCUGUGAAGGAAAGUGUCUCUAUCGAGGCUGCCGAAGAAUUGAUUAAAAUAGACGAAUUAAUCACAGCCAUUAAACGAAUUCAAAGUGUACCCGACGAUCACCGGUUGCAACGCAUCGCAGAAAUUUUAGCGAAAAUUGACGACGACAGGGACGGAUCAAUAAAGAUCGAAGACGUUCUAAAGGUAUUGGAGCUAAUCGGAAAAGAGGAUAUUAAGCUGAGCAAGAAACAAGUGCACGAAUUGAUCGAAUUAAUUGACAAGGAGGAAAUUCUGGAAGUGGAGGAACAGAUUCAAAAGACAUUGCAAAAGGAGACGGGCGGAGCGAAAUACGUUUCGCCAAAGUCUCCAGUUCCUGCUACACCGGUAACAACCGAAAAGGGUUAUGGUAAGGAGGAGUUGGACGAUGAUUAUGCUGGACGCACGUCCGAACCGAAACGGGAGAAGUCAGCCGCGGUUCUUAAAAGUAAUUCCACUUCCGAUUCGGUUAGAAAUCCCCCGUUAGCGCCCGGCGUUCCACCAGCGGCAAAAAAAGCGGAAGGCUCUAAGCAUCUAUGAUUCCCGUACAAUAAACUAUAAAUUAAUGUAUCUAAUUAUUAAUACAAACGUCUUUACUGGACAUUAAUCGACAGAGAUAUUAACGUUCCCGUCUCUAUAAACAUGUUCAGAAACAUUACUUUGAAAAACGAAUUUAUACAGUAAAGGUCUUUUAAAAAAGUCCUCCGGGGCGUGUAUCUAAAUGAUUUUAUAGGAUAAUUUAAUAGAAGAGUACUUUGCAAUGAAUUCUACCACAUACAUGAUCUUUACUACUUCGAACGUUUCAACUAAAAACGAUAAAGGACAUUAAUCUAUUUUAUAACUAAAACAGAUUUUCAGGUUUUUCAUUAAGACUGUGGUGCAUUUAAUGGCAUCAAUGUAUUAUUUGAUCCACAAAUCGCAAGAUAUUUGUGCGGGACACAAAAAUAACAGCUUGCACGCAAAUCCUUCAUUAAUGUUGAAAAACAUUUUGUUUAAAUUGUACGUGACAAUAAUUCUAUCGUUCAUAUUUAUGGUUUACUAUGGGAUAUAAUUAUAUUAGGGGUAUUCAGUUUUAUUUCAAUAAAACUCAAUUCCGAAAUAUUGUCCUACCGUGAGGAAUCAUUCCAUCUGUCCAAAUAUUGACUGUUACAGAAUUGUAAUACACAGGCGUGAUCAUUUUUGUUCUGUUUUGAAACAGUGAACACAUUACCUCUGCGAACGAGGUCGAAGAGAAAUGUACAUUUAUAGAUAAAGUAAUUUUACUAAUUGUAAAGUACACGAAGAGAGAGAAUUAUCCGUUACAUGUAUGUACUGAUUAUAUAAAGAAAGCAAAGCACGCAACAUUCGAGUGAAAUGUACCUAAAUGUUGCUCACGGAAACAACAGUCUCAAAUUGAACGUUGAUCGUAUAUAAAUAACACGAGAAGUUCUUUAUAAGCGAAACUAAAUACAGCUUCAAACUAUUUGGUUAAAAAACAAUGUAAUUGUUGUAAUAAUUAAACAUUAAGGCAAUAGAUUAAAUUUACUAUGCCUAUGUAGUUAUGUACAUACAUAUACUUGCACAAAAUUAUAAUACAAUUACAAUUACAAUUAUGUGAAAGUUAUAUAUCUAUUUCAGGAAAAAAAAAAAGAAAAGAAAACGUGAAUAGUAAAUGGUGCCCGGGGUAAUGUUUACUUUUUUACUUUUUUGUGCAUCAAACUACCUGUGUAUGUAAUAAACUAUUUAUGUAAAAAGCAUAGCGUUACUCAAAAAUAUUUUUUCUAAUUUAAAUGUACAAUUAUUUUUAUUAAAAACAUUCACGUACAGUUACUGUUAUAUUAUACCUUCUAAUUCCCGCGAACAUAAAUUUGAAACUAUUUUAUUAGAAAUAUUAAAGAAAAGUCGUUGACGUUGUUUUUGUUUUGAAUGGGGGUAAUGUAUUUUUAAUGUAUUUUAUUACCAAUGAUUGUAAUUGACCCCCGCAACCAACAAUAAUUU